AUGCCAAGAGCAUCUACUGCAUUCCAGACCAAAUCUGAUCAACUUCGUUUUUUGCUGGACACUGGACUUCAUUCCUCUGAAUUGAACAAGAUCACCAUCACCAAUGACAAAGGUCAUCUGAGCAAAGAAGACAUUGAGCGCAUGGUCCAGGAGGCUGAAAAGUACAAGGCUGAAGAUGAGAAGCAGAGAGAUAAGGUGUCUUCCAAGAAUUCUCUUGAGUCUUAUGCUUUCAACAUGAAGGCAACUGUUGAGGAUGAGAAACUGCAAGGCAAAAUUGGUGAUGAUGACAAACAGAAGAUCCUUGACAAAUGCAAGGAAAUAUUCAACUGGCUGGAUAAGAACCAGAGUGCUGAAAAGGAGGAAUUUGAGCAUCAGCAGAAAGAAUUGGAAAAAGUCUGCAACCCCAUCAUCACCAAGCUGUACCCAAGUGCAGGAGGCAUGACAGGGGGCAUGCCUGGUGGGUUCCCAGGAGGUGGAGCAACCCCAUCUGGAGGUACCUCUUCUGGACCUACCAUUGAAGAGGUUGACUAAAUGUGCCAGAAGAAA